AUGUCUUCGUUUCUCAGUUUACCGGCCAUUUCACCUCACCGACCUGCUUUCUCCGGCGCUUCAUUUCGUCCUCGCUCUUUAUCUCCACGAUUGUUCAAGUCUUGUGUUAAGUGUAGUUAUGUUGAAGCUGGAUUCAGCAGUGAUUCGAGGUCAGAUCCAAUUGACAUUGUUGCAGAUAUCAAAUCCGAAAGGGUUGUAGUUCUUGGAGGCAAUGGUUUCGUUGGCUCAGCUAUUUGCAAAGCAGCAAUUACCAAAGGAAUUGAAGUUGUAAGUGUUAGCAGGUCUGGUCGUCCUAACUUUCAAGGAUCAUGGUUGGAUCAGGUUACAUGGGUCACAGGUGAUGUUUUCUAUUUGAAUUGGGAUGAAGUGCUUCUCGGUGCUACAGCCGUAGUUUCGACCAUUGGGGGUUUCGGAAAUGAAGAGCAGAUGAAAAGAAUCAAUGGUGAAGCUAACGUUGUCGCUGUGAAUGCUGCUAAGGAUUUCGGUGUUCCUAAAUUCGUCUUGAUCACGGUUCAUGAUUACAAUCUUCCGCCAUUUAUCCUCUCCAGUGGAUAUUUCACCGGAAAACGUAAUGCAGAGGCAGAACUUCUUUCCAAAUAUCCCACCUCUGGAGUAGUGCUAAGACCUGGAUUCAUAUACGGGAAACGAAAAGUGAACGGACUCGAGAUCCCGCUUGAUCUAGUAGGAGAACCAUUGGACAAGAUCUAUGAUGCUGCACAGAGUUUCAUCAAACCAUUGAGGUCUCUCCCUGCGUCUGAUCUCCUCUUGGCUCCACCGGUUAACGUCGAUGAUCUAGCACUUGCUGUGAUUAAUGCCAUUAAAGAUGAUGACUUCUUUGGCAUUUUCACUAUUGAACAGAUCAAAGAAGCAGCUGCCAAAAUGAGAGUGUGA